AUGCACGGGAAAAAAUCCCUUGAAAAAUUAGUAGUUUAUGCAUCUGAUCAGACACAUUCUGCUCUGCAAAAGGCAUGCCAGAUUGCAGGAAUUUUCCCAGAGAACUUCAGACUUGUGAAGGCUGACUACAGUAAUAGUUACGCCGUUGCACCUGAAGCAGUUAGUGAAGCCAUUUCCGUUGACUUGUCAUCUGGGUUGAUACCAUUCUUCAUCUGUGCAACAGUCGGCACAACAUCUUCAUCGGCCGUGGACCCCUUGCAUAAAUUAGGAAAGAUAGCACAGGCCCAUGACAUGUGGUUCCACAUUGAUGCUGCAUAUGCUGGAAGUGCUUGUGUAUGCCCAGAGUACCGACAUCACCUUGACGGGGUAGAAGAAGCUGAUUCAUUCAAUAUGAAUGCACACAAAUGGUUUCUCACAAACUUCGACUGUUCCUUGUUAUGGGUUAAGGACAAGAGUUAUCUCAUAGAAGCAUUAUCUACAAAUCCAGAGUAUCUUAAGAAUAAGGCUUCCCAAGAAAACUCCGUUGUUGAUUCCAAGGAUUGGCAAAUUCCACUUGGCCGUCGUUUUAGAUCACUCAAGCUAUGGAUGGUAUUGAGGCUUUAUGGCGUGGAAAACCUGCAGAGCUAUAUCAGAAAGCACAUGCAGUUGGCUAAACAGUUUGAACAACUUGUAUUAUCUGAUUCAAGAUUUGAGGUAGUAACUCCAAGGAACUUUUCCCUUGUGUGUUUCCGCCUUCUGCCCCCAACUUCGGAGGAUGACAAUGGCCGUAACCUUAACUACAGCCUAAUGGAUACCUGUAACUCAAGUGGAAAGAUCUUCAUAUCACAUACGGUUCUUUCCGGAAAAUUUGUCUUGAGAUUUGCCGUUGGAGCACCACUGACCGAGGAGAAACAUGUGGAUGCUGCUUGGAAGCUUUUGCAAGAUGAGGCCAGCAAGAUCUUAGGAAGUUUGUAG